AUGUAUGUAUGUAAUCCAAACACCAAAUUCCUGCUGGAUUCUGACACCGAAGGUACAAGUGGUAUAUUCCAACCUGAGGUGAAGGAGCCCGAGCACUGCAAUGCAGGUGCAACAGCCUUCUUUGAGUACAGACUCCUCAGUCGCCACUACCAUAACUUCGUUCAGAAAAUGACCCACCAUCUAGUAAACAGCGCCCCCCUGCAUGGGGAGGGAUCCCUGCCCAUCGACAUGACUAGAAAGACACUGCAGGAGCUGCAGGACAUGUUCGACCCUCAUGAGAUGUGCUUCAACCCAACGGUGCCAAAGCCGGAGGUGCACUUGCCCAAGAAGGACGAGCGUAAGAUGACCUCCAAGAAGAACCGGAGGGCGCGGUUCAUCACCCCUUACAUGCAGAAGCAGACAGAGGAGCUCAUCACAGACGAGAACCGGAACCGCCUGUUGGGACACGAGGCCAGCGGAAUGGGCCAUCCCCAUGGACACGCAGCCAAUGGCAUCAACGGAGUGAAUGGAAAGCAGGAGGAGGAGAAUGGGACAGAUGCGCACAUAAAUGAGGAGGCACUGAUCGGCGAUGCAGACUUCUUCAAGGGAAUGAUCUGGAAUAUGGACCUGGCGAGCAUCCCCAGCAGACAAAAUGCAAACGGAGAGCCUGAAGGGAGAUGGGACAAAGAUGUGACGUUAGAAUUAGUGAAGGUAGAAAUUAAAUAAUAUAAUUAAGUUUCUUUAUUCCUAACAUGUUAUGUUUUCUUUUUUUUUCCUUUUUUUUAAUUCUUUUUUUUUUUUUACGUUGGAGGGAGUUGAGUUUUUGCAGUAUAUAUUUAUAAAUUAUGUACUAUGAACCAUUGGAAUGUGUACAUAGUUUUACUUUUUGUACCUAAUACAAAAGAAAAAUUAUAUACAAA